AUGAAGUCUGAUGAGAAUUUCUGCCACUACGAAAUGUUGCUGCUUGUGCAAGAGGAAUUAUAUCAUUCUCUGCAUAAUGUUGGAGAGCGAAUGAUCAUUGACCUGAACCUCGAAUGUCAUAAGGCCCCAAAAAUCUACUUUGACCACUUUGCUUUGCGAAUUCUCAUAGAGAGCACUAUCAAAAGAUCGACAAAUGCCAAUCGCUUCAGCAAUGUUCAGCUCAUCACAAAAAUUUGUACUUGCCACUUUAUUGAUCCUCGUCCAUCCACUCUCGGUCAUUGUCACAAGAAUUACAAAGACAGAGGGCUGGUGCCUCACCUUAAAGAUCUCACCAUCUUCUGA